AUGGAGAACUUGAUUGUGGAUUUGGAGGUGAACAUGUCUGUGGAGGAACGGGCAGGAGCGCUCCCUCUGCUGGUGAAGGAGGAGGAGAAUCUAGAGGCAUUCAGGCUGUGUUCGGAGAUGGAGGGAACCAAAGCCCCAAAGAUCAUACACGUAGGGAGCAUUGGGGAGAUGAAGACAAUCCCCACACCAUAUAUUAAAAUGGAACCAGAAGAAGGGGAGCCACAGCUCUGGGAAGUCCAGUGGCAGGAAUUCUUGGGAUCGCUGCAGGUCCCUCACACAGGGUGGGGGACCCCACUGAUGUCUGAAGAGCUCACCCCGUGGGACGAUGCGAAAGCUUUCCUGGCCUCCUUUGAGCAAGUUGCGAUGGCGUGCCGAUGGCCUCAAGAAAAGUGGGUGACCUUUCUCCUGCCGGCCCUCAGCGGAGAAGCCGAGCAGGCCUUCAGCAACCUCAGCGUCCGAGACAUAGAGGACUACGGGAAGGUGAAGGCAGCCAUCUUGCAAGCAGCGGCCAUCGCAAGGGAGAAGCGGCGUCAGCGCUUCAGACAGCUCUGCUACCAAGAAUCAGAGGGGCCCAGAGCGGUUUAUAGUAGACUUCAGCAACUUUGCCGUCAGUGGCUGAAAGCGGAGAGGCACUCAAAGGAGGAGAUCUUGGAGCUGCUGAUCCUUGAGCAGUUCCUGACUGUCCUGCCCCAGGAAAUGCAGAGCUGGGUUAGGGGAUGCGGCCCAGAGACCUGCAUCCAGGCGGUGGCCCUGGCAGAAGAAUUUCUGUUGAAGCAGAAAGAAGUUGUUAAGCUGAAAGAGGAGGUGCCGAAUUCUUGGGAGGGGGUGGCUGUGAAUCCUGCCGAGGGCGAUGAGAUUCCACCAACAGAUACAUGGAUUGAUGUGGAUGCGACGCCGGACUGGGAAGGAGCUGAGAAGUCCACAGGUGCUGGGCAGGUGCUUGUGAGCGAAGUGGAUAAUAUACAUCAAACUCACUCGGAGCAGGUGGCUCCAGAUGAAGCAUUGCCAAAAACGGACAGCACCUACCAAUAUUGCAAGGAGGGAACUGAGCUUGGGAGUCAGGAGGGACCAGAGGGUGAGCAGAGACCUGAACCUGGGAAGAGCAUGGAUGCACCUAUUCUUAUUGGCGAAGGUGAUUUUAAUCAGGAAGACACCAAGGAUAGCCUAAAACUCCACAUUUGUCAGUGUGGGAAAAGUUUCAGAAGAAGCUCCGACCUUAGAGUUCACGAGAGAACUCACACUGACGAAAAGCCAUAUAAAUGUUCAGUAUGUGGAAAGGGUUUCCGCCAGAAGGGAAACCUUUCAACGCAUGAAAAAAUUCACACCGGAGAGAAACCACACAAAUGUUCUAUUUGCGAGAAAAGUUUUGCUAGUGGCUCCAACCUUAUUGCGCAUGAGCGAAUUCAUGCCGGAGACAAACCGUUUCGGUGUUCUGUAUGCGGGAAGAGUUUCGCUAGUGGCUCCAACCUUAUUGUACACGAGAGAAUUCAUACAGGAGAGAAACCUUACAAGUGUUCAAAAUGUGGGAAACGUUUCCAUCAGAAGGGAAACCUUCGAACACAUGAAAAAAUCCACACUGGCGAGAAACCACAUCAGUGUUCUGUAUGUCAGAAAUGUUUUGCGAGUGUCUCUAAUCUUAUUGCACAUGAGAGAAUUCAUGCUGGAGAGAGACCAUAUGAAUGUUCAGUGUGUCUAAAAAGUUUUGGUUCUGGAUCCAACCUUAUUGCGCAUCAGCGAAUUCAUGCUGGAGAGAAACCUUACAAGUGUACAAAGUGUGGAAAAAGUUUCCAUCAGAAGGGAAAUCUGAGAACACAUGAAAAAAUUCACACUGGAGAGAAACCCCAUCAGUGCUCCAUAUGUGAUAAAAGUUUUGCUAGCGGUUCCAACCUCAUUGCGCAUGAGAGAAUUCAUGCUGGAGAUAAACCAUAUCAAUGCUCAGUGUGUCAGAAGAGAUUUAGUACCGGUUCCAACCUUAUUUCGCAUGAGAGAAUUCACACUGGAGAGAAACCGUAUAAUUGUUCAACAUGUGGGAAAAGUUUCCGUCAGAAAGGAACACUUACAGCACACGAAAAAAUUCACAUCGGAAGAGAUUUCUACUAG